GUUCACUGGGUACCAGGAGACGCUGCAUGAGUGUGUGCGUGAGUGAACUAAACAAUGGCCCUGUUAUAGGCUGGUUGGGCAGUGGGUGAACAUAAGGCCGGGCUGAAACGUCCAUGGAACGCACUACUGGAGGACUGGCAUUAUGGGCAGAAUACAGUGAGCGGUCUGUGACAGAAUGGGGAGAGACAGGGGAAGGGUGGUGGCAUUCACCAGGACCUAAGAGCAGGGGGUGGAGGCUUAAGAUAGGGGUAAGCGUGUAUGACAGAAGUCUUUUUUGCAUUGGACAGAGCAGUGUUUGUGUCAUGUUUGGCUGAGGAAUGCUACUGUCCUGGCUGACAAGGGGGACCCUUAUGUCACUACUGGGUGUCUGGAAGCUGCGCACUAGUACGUCAAAUGGCAAUGCAUGGCGAUCACACCAAGUGUGAUACUUGACCAGAACAUCUCAGCAACCAGAGCAGCCAUCCACCUCAGAAGUCCUGCAUCAGCUCAUCGACAGAUCAAGUCACUGACUCGAAUCUGGGAUAAUUUUUGCCUUUAGUGUGCUGUAGAUUUGAUUAAAGUCUGUAUAGGAACCAAGGAGUUUGGUAUUUGCUCGACAGCUGGGGAGCUCAAGACGAGGACAGUAUGCGUGUUUGUGUGUGUCCCAGUUGGAGGAUGAGGACCGUGCAGAUGGGAAGAGGCAGCGUGGCGAGCUUGUUCAGCUGUGCAAGGGCUCGGAGGGUUAAAUCCUGCCGAGGCUUUCUCACACACACACUGUGAAUAUGGGCUCAAUCUCCACUGCGCACAACAAGGCUAAGACACCUGGGGCUAGCCCUGAGGCCAAUGGGCUCUUGGUUCUCACAGUCAGAACCAAGGGUCUUAGACUCAGUCCCCAUCAAGGUGCUCAGAGUGGCUGGCCACUCCAUUGCUCCAUCAUUAUCAACAACAUCACCAUCAUCAUCUCCAUUCCUGUAAUAUGAGAAUCCAUGGAGUCCAACUGCUGAAAUCAUCAGACCUUGGUCGCCAUAGUCUGCUAUAUCUAAAGGAGAUUGGACAUGGCUGGUUUGGCAAGGUUCUGUUGGGCGAGGUCAAUGUGGGUCUCAAGAUCACCCAGGUGGUGGUUAAAGAACUGAAGGCCAGUGCCAGUGUCCAGGAUCAGAUGCAAUUCCUGGAAGAGGCUCAGCCAUACCGAACCCUCCAACACCCUGCCCUGCUGCAGUGCCUGUCACAGUGUUCAGAGGUCACGCCAUAUCUUCUGGUCAUGGAAUUUUGCCCUCUGGGUGAUUUGAAGAGUUACCUGCGCAGUUGUCGAGUUGCUGAUUCUGAGACACCUGACCCGCUGAUCCUCCAAAGAAUGGCAUGCGACAUUGCCUCAGGGCUUCUGCACCUCCACAAAAACAAAUUCAUACACAGUGACCUGGCUUUGCGAAACUGCCUGCUAACAUCAGAAAUGUCAGUUAAGAUUGGAGACUAUGGCCUUUCUCACAGCAGAUACAAGGAUGACUAUUAUGUAACACAAGACCAGAUUUGGGUACCCCUGCGCUGGAUUGCACCGGAGCUUAUAGAUGAGGUCCAUGGAAACCUGCUGGUCGUUGACCAUACCAAAAGCAGCAACAUAUGGUCAUUGGGAGUAACCGUGUGGGAGUUGUUCGAGCUGGGAAACCAGCCAUACAGGCACUACUCUGACAGACAGGUGUUGACAUAUGCUGUGAAGGAACAACAGCUUAAACUACCCAAACCCCAGCUCCAGUUUCCCUUGGCCGAUCGCUGGUAUGAGGUUAUGCUGUUCUGCUGGCUGCAGCCAGAGUUGAGACCCACCAGUGAAGAAGUACACCUUUUGGUUACAUACCUGUGUGCCAAAUGCUCCAGUGAAGCUGAGGAAGACUUUGAGCAACGUUGGAAUGCCUUAAGACCCAACUUGCUUGGGAGCACAUCCCACACAGCAACAUCCACAGCCCUAGUCUUGACUCCUACACCCACCUCAGUUGACAUCCCCAGUGCAGAAAAAACUCAGGCAGUGGAGCUGGCCUCCUCUGCCUCUUCUUCAUUCCCUCUACUGGAGCACUUUUCUGAUAGCUUCCACUCUGAGACAGGAGACGACCUACUGACUGUCACAGAGACUAGCCACGGUCUCAACUUUGAGUACAAAUGGGAGCAGGCCCGAGCUGAGCAGCCCUACUGCUCGUCCUCCACUAGUGGGCCAUUAGGCCAUGGGAACCCACACUAUCAGGAUAUCUACUACUCGAGCAAAAGGCGCACAUCAGGAGGUUGUAAGACUGACAACCUGACUUCAAGCAUGUCCCCAUCCUAUUAUGAAUGCGAGCAUCCCAGUGUGGUCCCAGUUUUGAGUGCCCAUAGCCCCUCAGUCAACAGUGAGUACUACAUUCGCAUAGAGGAACCAGUUGAGUGUAACAUUAACCUGGAUGACAGCAUUAUGGACUACAGCCCAGGACUGGAAGCCAGCAACAGCAGAUUGUCUUCUGAGAGUCGAACUGUUGCGUCCAAGGCACGACUUAGUGCUUACUGGUCAACUGCUGACAACACCAAAUCCACUGCUUAUGGCUCUGAUUCAAGUCCUUCCGUCGAAUUAACCAUGGAGCCACUAUCAAAGCAUGUAUCAAAUACCAGCCCUCUAAAUUUAGGUCACUCCCACAAUGGCCUUUCAUCUAAUCCCAUUGACUGUGAACAGUCAGAAGCAUUCAGAAUGUGUGGUGUACCCUGUGUAUCUGAACUAGAAAUGUCAACAGAGUCCCAGUCAAACCAUGUCCACCCGGAGGGAGGGUUAGAAAGCCAACGCAGUUUGUUACAUUCAGUCAGUAGCCCCAGCCUAGGUUUCUGCGAUCCCUACCUUGAAGCGAACACAGGCCAUUGUGCGACUAAUGAGAGUUGUCAUAAUAUGGUAGGUUCCCUUAGAAAAACACUACCAAUUGUUAACCACAUUUGCGUUGAUGUAGGAACAGACAAUGGUCUACUAAUGGGUCACCGGAGAAGUGGAGAAAUUGAGGAUGAACUUUUUGAGGGAGAGGCCACUAACUGGAUCUCAAACCAUUCAGCAAACAACAACAGCCUGAGCUUUGACAGUAGGCAGACAGGCAGUGGAAAUGACAGCUAUCUGGCUCUUCAAUAUAUUGCUCAUUCAAAUGCAAUAGAGCCAUGGUCUUUAACCAAAGACACUACCAGGACCUUCCAUAGCUUCAAGUCUUUGGAAGGUGGAGGAGACUCUGGACGAGACUCGGGAUGUAAUGCUGCAAGCAAGCCCACAUCAUUAGGCUCAUAUAUUCACUUAUGCCACGAAGAAAGAGAAGAAGCUGCCACUCAAGAAGAAACGAACAUAACUGCAGAUAAUACACAACAUACUGAUUGUCUCACCAACUCAACUAUGAAUACGAAGUAUGUAAAAAAUAAACCAAAAAAUGAAAUGCAAAAAUUGCUUAAUGGAGACAAAUUGUAUUCUGAGAUGACACCUGAAGGAGGCUAUUUAAAGUCCCCGUCCUUUUUAAAGGAGCCUCACAGUGGUCAAGCAGGAGCCUCGGCAGAUAAACAGAGAAAUAACCUCUGGGAGGGUGUUUCACCUGGAAUUUCUGUUGGUCUGCGUGACAAGAGGCUAAACUACACAGGGAUAUCAGACAACAGUCAAACUUUAGAUGGUGGAGUGGGGAUUAGAGUCUCCAGAAAUUGCCUGGUUGGACUUGGUGACUACAGUGAGGAUGAUGACGACGAUGACAUCACAGAUAUUACAUCAGGGAUCUUUGCUGACUGCAACCUUGACUAUGCUGACGCAGAGGAGGAAGUCCUCAGUCCACUGAAGAAUCCAGGAGGGACUCCUGACUCUGUAGACACCUUUAAUCUGUUAUCAUCAAUAUCAAGCUCCUGUGACCAGGCCUUCAGUCCUGAUUCUUUCAAUACACCAAUUCUGCCCAAGUCGCUGGACAGUGGCUAUGACACAGAGAACAACGGCUCUCCAGAGUUUAUCUUCAAAGAGCUUGGAGAUCCUCUGGGUGGUGAGAUGAGCCCCAGACUGUGUGGUGAAGCUGGACUUAUUCUGCAGGUGGGUUUAGGCCAAGGGGUCUACACUUCCACAAACACCUCAGAGCUGCAGUUAAAGAGCCUGACUGAUAAGAACCCAUACAGGGACUCAGCCUAUUUCUCUGACUAUGAUGCUGAAAAUGAGAUUAGUCCUCAAGAGGAAGGCGUAAAGUUCUUUGUAGGUCCAGGGGACUGUUACUUUCCUGCUGAAAAUCUGAGCUCUGUAGGAGAUGAGGAUUCUGUUGGAAAGCAAUUCACCAACAGGGAACUUUUAUCAAAUCAGAGACACAUCAAACGUUGUGUUCUGGUGAUAUCAGAGCCUGACACAAGUUCACACGAUUCUUUUCCCACCCCUGGGUUGUCCUUACUGUCACCAUUUCCUCCACAGAUGGGUGGUUGCCUGACCAAAGAGUCUGCUCCUGCAGAUAAUGACCUGGGGCUGGAGACAGAGCACUCAGGAGAUGAACCUUCCUCAGAAUUCUCCAUCGGGUCAGAACCGUCUUCCACUGUCCAUGAGGCUUCAGCAAACCACGAAGAUGGGAGCAGGAGAGAAGAAGACUGCUCCUCUGUCCAGUCAUUGCAUUCAGACUCCACCUUAAUGAACCACAAAGUUGAGCCCUGCAAAGAAAAUGAAAAUGGUGAUGGAUCCACAGAGGAGGAAGAGCUGCCUGAAUUUACUGAUGUCCAGGAGACAGAGGACAGAAGGGAGAGUGUGGGAAUAAAUGAAGAAGAUUUUGAGGACAUAGACGCAGAAGAAUGUGACUCCCAGGACAGUUCAUGUGAAGAGUCCAAUGGCCCUCUUGAGCUGUCCACUUCUUCAUCAUUGUUAGAACUUUGUGGAGAAGAUGUAAGAGCUCCGCUAGAGGAAGCAGAGGAUGAAGAUGACUCAGAUGACAGUGAGUCUGAUGAAGAGUUAAGAACCUACAACAUCCAAGAUGAAGACAGUGAGGAGAGUGAGGAGGAUCUCACCACAGUACCAGUGGUGGUAAGUGACUGCAGUAGGGCCAGAAACCUCCGCAGCCUCCUGAAGAUGCCCACCCUGCUUACUCAGUCAUUCUGUGACGAGUUGGAGAGGAAGAAAAAAGCUGUGUCCUUCUUCGACAAUGUUACAGUGUUUCUUUUUGACCAGGAGAGCCCAACUGGGGAGCUGGCUGACUAUGCCUUCUCCACAGGAAUAGAGCCCAGUGAGCAGGAUUCUUCAGAGGAACAGACCUUUGACCACCAGCCUGUACCUGACCCUAAUCCCGAAGGUCAGUCUUGUGAAACACACAGCAACAUUGAAGAAACAGACAGAAAAAACUCAAAUGAGGGUGGGAGUUUUGAAUGGAAAGAUGACCCAUCUUUUGAGCCCUGUCCAUCCUCACCGGUCCCCAAACCAAUGCCCGUGUCCUCUCCCACAACUAUAUCCAACAGUCCUGAGGUUCCUAAACCGGCCGCUGUAGCACUUAACCGUUUUAUGGUCUCAAGAUUCUCCAUCACACAUGUUUCCGACUCCACCAUAGGCUCACCAACAGGGAACAGUGGAGAUAGUUCAAAAGAUUGAGCGCUCUGCCACUGGGACCAGACGAGGUUCUUCUCAACACAGAAAAGCAUUAUAUACAUUAUGUAAGGAUGAUAUGUUUUACAGAGUUUUUAUUUUUAUCAGCAUUUGGGGCAUCUGACCCUGGUGACCCUUUAUGAGACAGUGCCUCAUAUUGUAGUGAAAUACCCUGAAUUAUUUGCACAUUGUUCUUUUAUCUCACAAAGCAAGAGCAAUAUCUGCUGGACUGGCAACCUGAUUGUGAUACCUAGAAAGUGGAUACAAAAGCAAAUGUAUAUUGAUAGCUGACUAUGUUUGUCCAUCUGCUUACCAUUGACUUAGUAUUUUCCACCAACCUUAGACUGUUAAAUUUGUUAUUGUUGGAGUAUGAUAACAGUGUUCUAUGAUUCAACGAUCACUAUGUAAGAAGCUGUUAACUAAAAAUUUUAACGGUCAUGGCUGGUGGAUGGUGUGAACUGAAGACGGGGGAAAAAAAAGGAUGCUGCCAUUGACCUAUCACCACAUUUCACUGCGCUCAAUGAAAACAUACACUAUAUAUCUGCUCUUAGCAUAUCUAGCUGAAGCACUUUGUAAAGUUCCUUUGCUCUUCAUUACAGUGGAAGGAAUGGCUGAACAGUGAACACGUGACAUUACCAAUUUAUGUCCACGGUGCCAUGUAUAGGUUUGCUUUAUUUUGUGGCAUAUUUCCACUUCGUCAGUAAUAGGAUGACAAAGGGAUGGAGAGGUAUUACAACACAAUUCAGUGGAGUCGGUGUCACCAUGGCAAUCCUAAAUGUCGAAUGUCACUUCUCGUCUUCAUGUAUAGUUUAUAUGUAUUGCCAAAUGUCUCAUACAUUAUGCAUCUUUUACAUUUGUGCUGGAUGUCCAGGUUGGAGAUGUACAAAAAAAGACAUUGAAAAUAAGACAAAAUUGUACAAAUCUUAUAUCAACACGUAGCAGGUAGCUUGACUUGAAAUUACUACUAAUGUAUUGACGAUUCCCUUGCCCUCUCCAUCCUUCUGUAGCCCCGAGUGCCAAUUCUUUAUGCUGUCACCAUGCCUUUUAAGUUCUUGUAAGUUUAAGACAAUGAAACAUUGCUAGUAUUUUUGUACAAGCAUUCAAAAAGAUGAUUUGCCAAAGAGAUAUUACAAAGCCCAUUGGCUUAAGCGGCUGACGCCUUUGGAGAAGGUGAGGCAGGUUGUUCUAUGCACUAGUAGUAACACCAUUGCUGAAUCUUAUUUGUCUCUCACUCAUGGCUGUUGUACUAUCCCAAACAAAUAAAUCCAAAUACUUUUUGCCGUUCUUGA